CCACCGUGGCCCGCCCGGCUUUGGUUUGGCGCUCAGCCCGCACAUGAGUCACGGGGAACACGCAAUGCCACCGCCGCCUGAGUGACAGCCGCUCCGGCUUCUCCGCGUCCCUUUAAAAUCUCAACCCAAGGGUAAUGAUUUAUCAAACCCUUAUUAUCAAGAAAAUGUCACGCCAAGGGCACCUCGCUAUGCACUGACGCAAAGCCGCUCUUUCCCAAGGAAGUAUAGAAAGCUUUGCUCUGAACUGGGCUAAAUCCAGUCCGCCGGCUGCCCGCGCCGCUCUUUUCGCCUCUCUCGGCUCUAGCCGUGGGUAUUUAAUACUCGGAUUACGCCAGUCAGGGGGAUAUGAGCAAGCAGCCGGUGAACAAUCCUGAAGCGGUGGCUCCGGGACACAAGGAAGGUGCGGGAGUUGCGAGGAUCAGCCCCGAAAAUGAGCCGCAGAACGCCUCGGCCAGGCUGCCCCGCUCGCUCUCGGGCGACAGCAAAGCUCUUCCCUCGGAAGAGUCGAAACCGAACGAUUUGGAGAGGACCAAAGUCGGGAUCUGCAAGCUCAGCAGCACCCCGGUGCAAGCCAACUCCACCCUGCGGAGGGAAUCCGAGGAAACCUUUCCCUGCAAGCCCGGCCCCGGGCAAGCCGCGAUCCCUCACUGCAAAAUCGCCGCUCUGCAGAGCGCGGACGCCGCUCCGAGCCUGGGAAAGGGCACGCUGGAGCAGAACAACGCCUGGCUCACCCUGAGCCACAGCACCGUGGUGCUGGGCACGGACGGCAACACUUCUGUUCUUCCCGGCAGAGUGGAGGGGGAAGACGAUGUGGGGGAUGAAAACAAAGCCCGAGGGAACUGGUCCAGCAAGCUGGAUUUCAUCCUCUCCAUGGUGGGUUAUGCAGUGGGGCUGGGCAAUGUCUGGAGGUUCCCGUACCUGGCCUUUAAGAAUGGGGGAGGUGCGUUCCUCAUCCCCUAUUUGAUGAUGUUGGCUCUAGCCGGGAUCCCCAUUUUCUUCCUGGAAGUCUCCCUGGGGCAGUUUGCUAGUCAGGGCCCCGUGUCGGUCUGGAAAGCCAUCCCCGCCUUGCAAGGCUGCGGCAUCGCCAUGCUGAUCAUCUCGGUGCUGAUCGCCAUCUACUACAACAUCAUCCUGUGCUACACGCUCUUCUACCUGUUCGCCUCCUUCGUGCCCGUGCUGCCCUGGGCGUCCUGCAGCAACCCCUGGAACACGCCCGACUGUAAAGACAAAAACAAACUCCUGCUGGAUUCCUGCAUCAUUGGCGACCACCCCAAAAUACAAAUCAAGAACUCUACUUUCUGUAUGAGCGCCUAUCCAAACCUAACCAUGGUGAACUUCACCCGGGAAGGAAACAAAACAUUCGUCAGCGGCAGCGAAGAGUACUUCAAGUACUUUGUGUUGAAGAUUUCAGCGGGGAUUGAAUAUCCCGGUGAGAUUAGAUGGCCCUUGGCACUGUCUCUUUUCCUAGCUUGGGUGAUCGUUUACGCCUCCCUUGCUAAAGGAAUCAAGUCGUCAGGAAAAGUUGUGUACUUCACAGCUACGUUCCCCUACGUGGUUCUCAUCAUCCUUCUCAUAAGAGGAGUGACUCUGCCGGGAGCUGGAGAUGGGAUCUGGUAUUUCAUCACACCCAAGUGGGAGAAGCUGAUUGAUGCCAUGGUCUGGAAGGACGCUGCCACUCAGAUUUUCUUCUCCUUAUCUGCAGCAUGGGGAGGUCUAAUUACCCUCUCAUCAUACAACAAAUUCCAUAAUAACUGCUACAGGGACACGCUGAUAGUCACGUGUACCAACAGUGCCACGAGCAUCUUCGCGGGCUUUGUCAUCUUCUCAGUCAUUGGCUUCAUGGCAAACGAACUCAAAGUGAACAUUGAAGCCGUGGCAGACCAAGGUCCUGGGAUUGCUUUUGUGGUUUACCCAGAAGCCUUAACCAGGCUGCCCCUCUCUCCCUUCUGGGCUAUCAUCUUCUUCUUGAUGCUUCUGACUCUUGGAUUAGACACGAUGUUCGCCACCAUCGAGACCAUCGUGACCUCCGUGUCGGAUGAAUUCCCCAAGUACUUAAGAACGCACAAGGCGCUGUUCACCCUCGGGUGCUGCGUGUCCUUCUUCAUCAUGGGAUUUCCUAUGAUCACUCAGGGUGGAAUGUACAUGUUGCAGCUUGUGGACACUUAUGCAGCCUCUUACUCUCUUGUCAUUAUUGCCAUCUUCGAGCUCGUUGGAGUUUCCUACAUCUACGGGCUGCAAAGAUUUUGUGAAGACAUAGAAAUGAUGAUUGGAUUCCAGCCAAGUAAAUUCUGGAGAGUCUGUUGGGCAUUUGUGACCCCAACUAUUUUAACAUUCAUUCUCUGCUUCAGUUUUUACCAGUGGGAACCCAUGACCUACGGAGCUUACCACUACCCAGGCUGGUCCAUGGUGCUGGGGUGGCUGAUGCUGGCCUGCUCAGUCAUCUGGAUCCCAGUUAUGUUUGUGAUAAAAAUGCAUCUGGCCCCGGGAAAAUUUAUUGAGCGGCUCAAGCUGGUGUGCUCCCCACAGCCCGACUGGGGCCCCUUCCUGGCCAAGCACCGCGGAGAACGCUACAGGAACAUGAUGGACCCGCUGGGAACCUCCUCCCUGGGACUCAAACUGCCGGUGAAGGACGUGGAGCUGGGCACCCAGUGCUAAUAACCGCUACCAAAGGCUGGCAGUAACCUUGCCGGCCUUUUCUGAUUUGGUUUUCCCCAUCUUUAUUUCGCCCACGGUUUUCUUCCUUUCCUUUCCGCAGUGGCUGAAAGUGGUUGCUUAGGAAAGCGGGACGUGUUGCUGCGUGCCGUAGGGGAGGCCUAACUAGACCACUUCCAGGUGCAGGCGAUGCCCGUGACGUGUUCCGAACCCGGUGGCACAGCCCUGUGCGUGGCAGGUGACAUAACCAGGGGCUGCCAGGUGGUGCAGGAAUAAGCAAAACCAAGCAGAAAAGCCUUUAUGGGAAAUGAGGUGUGCAGUCGGACCCAUUUCCCACAGGCACCCUCCCAACAGGUGGCUGUGAGGGGAUUGGGAUUUUGCUACCAGGGUAAUCCAAGGAAGGUUCAGCCCUCAAACGUGAUGGAAGUGAGCAGAGGAUGGGAUCUCCUGUAGUCCUGAUGUCGAUCCAGCAAAAGGCUCCCACAGCAAUGGGGUUGCCUUUUCUACGGCCAACCUUGACCCAUCACGUCUGCACGCUUCCUUUAGGAUUUAUGCUAACUGGGAGGGAUUGUUACGUUGUUUAAACAAGCGGAGACCCUUGAAACAGCACACCAGGAAGCAAUGUACGGGGUGAGGAGAGAAACACGAUAAUCCAGUUGAUCUUUUCAAGUAGAAAACUAAGAACAACAUUUUUAAAAAUGGUCAAUUGAGACUGGGACUGAACUGCAUUUGGGUCUAGGAGCGGCUUGGAAACGGUGCCAGAAUGAGUAGUAGGGGCAUCACUGUUGAAAGUCCUGUCAUGUUUUUCUUUUGAUAACUUGGUAUCUGUCAUUUUGACUAGGAACGCCUCAGUUCCACCGAGUGUCCGAACACUUGCCCCGCCCCGGGUGCACCGGUGGUUUUACUCACUUCACCCCAAUACUCUGGAUAUCAUUUUCCUUGUUUCUCUGCUUUUGUUUACAGUAUCUCCUCAAGAAGCCAUCAUAUAAUUUGUGCCUAACUUUGUAUCCUUACAGUGGAAAAUGUAGUCUAGUUACCACCUGCAAACAGUUAUUAGAGGCUAGAUGUGCUGUUCAACUUUGUGACUCCCCGUUCAUUUGCCUGUAAGCACCUUUAUAUAACCUAUAACCUUUAGAUGGUGUAUUCUUCUCUUUCAGCCAGCGGGGAAAUAGCAGGACCCCACUUGUCUAUAUAUUAUAUAUAUAGCACGCCAAUUCUCCAAAGCAGUAUUCUCUCUGAAAUGUGCAAAGGGCCUUUUUUUUUUCAUUAAAACAUUUGCAUUAAAUUAAAAAACCCCAAAUCCACAGUAAUUAACCACUGCAGUCAUCCACACAGAUGCACCAUUAGAUAUAGAAAAUGCAAAUUGGGGAGAAAGGAGAAUUUGGUAGAUGGCCAUCAUAACGCUGCACAGCAGUAGGACAUCCUAAAUCAUUACAUUUUAGAAAUUAGAUAUAAGCAGUCAUACAAAUAUUAGACUUAAAUAGUUUUGUUACCUAUUGGGCAGAGUAAUAAACAGAGCUUUUGAAGAGUACAUUUAUUUACCUUAAUAGAAAAUUAGCCCAACUUACUGUAAAUGCACUAGAAUGAGGGAGAAAAAUAUAUCUUCAAUAAUUGGCAAUACUUUAACCUUGAUUAUCUUGUUAUAUCCUAUGCAUACAUAUAUGAUAUUUUUUAACAGUGACCAGUGUUCAUGCAGUGUGUGCUGAUGAUGUUUUCUGUCCCUAUAAAUAUCGUACCAAUCAGUGUAGAAAUGAUGAGCUUAGUAGUUUGGAUAAGUUCUUUCCUCCCCGCAGACACUGCUGUAGUAGCCUGUAAAUGUUCUUUCCUUUCAGGGGAUUGUUCCUGUCCCGUCCCUUUGUCUGUCUGUCUCCAUAUUACAGGGUCUCAGGUAAAUCCUCACUCCACGUGUGUCCGUAGAGCAGUAGCUGUGUUGUCUCAUCCCACUGAGGAAACAGAAAACGAAACCUCAAAGUAACACCUCCAGGAAUUGCUAACUCCUCUUCUCUGUGUGUGUAUAUAUAUAUAUGUAUAUGAAAUAUAGCAAUCAUUUUGCUGACCUUCCUCUUUCAUGGGGCAGUUCGUGUUGCCAGUCCUAGGCACUGCUGGUAGACCUUUAAUCCCCCCCCAGAACAAGUGAAGCACUGUCAGGCGCUGUCACCCAGGGCAGGGAGGGCAGAUUCCACGAUAUUUGAUGCUGACCCCUGGAUCUCUGCUCCACGGGCUCCUGUUGGUCCCUGUCUCACACAGCAGCAGGGCAGGACCCUCCAGUGAGCUGCUCUGCCUUAAAGCUUAAAGCCCCCUUGCUUCAGCUUUGCCUGCUGUUGGAAUAAAGGGCUCGCUGUCCUCACUUCUGGCUUUCAUGUUCCUGACAGGGGCAGGUUUGAGGAGCUGUGCUCUGCUUGACCUCAUGAAGGUCCAUAAGGGUGAGCUGGGAAUUUGGUUCCCACGUCUAGGUGAGGCUGAGGGACCUUCCCUGGGUGCAGAAAGGAACCUAAGCCAUCACCUCUCUUGGGAAUUCUGUCUUUCUCUUGGGAUAAAUCACUUUGGACCCCUCUUGACCAACAUUCCCUCGCAUCUUGGUUUGAUCUUUGGAGUCCAAGCCAGUUUGUCUUUGCUGCUACUGUCAUUCAAAACCAAAAAUAAAUGCCUGUAGGUUUGACGAGGUCUCCUUGAAAAAGAGAAAACACAGUUUGAGAGUACUGAAUCCUUCCAGCUUGUCUCAAGGCAUGCCUUGGAACUGGGACUAGCCCGUUGCCACAAAGUGCCCUCGCUGUAAGGAUGUCAGUUACUGCCUGCCCGAACUAUAGGAGAGAUACCAUUUAAAGGAAUCCUGCUGUGAUAGGAUCUCUUCUGGCUUGGAUUACCAAACCAGACUGCAUGGGAAAUUGCAGCUGAAUUGCUUUCCCUGAUUUAUGUAAUUAAUCUGCUUGCUUUUAAUUUAGAUGUUGUUCCUGUGCCUGCUAAGUCAUUAGCACAGGAUCAGGCUUGAAUUCGAAACUCUGUAAAGAGAUGAUUGUGAUUUUUUUUGCUAGCUGGUCUUUGUCUUCAGCUUUGACCCCGAUGCUAGGCUCGCAAAAACCUUUGGAAAAGGGGAGGAAUGCAUACAAAAAUCACAGAGGAUGUGAAGUUUUCACUGUAUGUGAAAAGCACGGUUUUGUUUUGCUCACACGAGACUUUUUCUAAAGUAUUUUACUGUCCACAUCUGAAAGCUGAGAUUAAAUUAACCAGCAGUGUCUUCUUUAAAUGAGAAGCUACAUUGAAGUUUGGGAAUGCACUUCAUUUACCAUGUUCUAAGGGAAGUUUGCAUGUACUUUGAUAAUUUUCUAAAAAUAAAUUUAGGAACUAAUAGCAUAAGAGUAAAGUUCUUUAAAAGAAAAAUAAAGGAGGGGAAAAAGCCAUAUUAGUAGAAAUGUGAUGUAUGUACACUCAGAUCUAUCUAUCUCAUGAGUAAAAAAUGUUUAAAUUUGGUGAGAUUAUGAUGCAUAUCCUUUCUUUGAAAUGAAAUUGAAUUUCUGGAUGAGCUGAGAUGCACUAUUGUAUGCAUUAAAGAUUAUACCUAAUGCAAAUGCUUGCCAUCUUCAAAUUCUUUGGGGUCUUCCUAGUGUUUUUGAUAUGCAGUGUUCAAAACCUGUGUCUCAGCUAGACAAGGCAGCACUUUGUUUCCAAAAGAAGGGUUUAACAAAAUGACCUUUAAUUGAGAAAGGCUUGAAUUGUCUUUAUAUGAUGUUUCAAUUGAGUCCGAGUAGUCUUUUGAUUCCUUUCUGCUCCAAUGACCGCAUUAGACGUGCCUCCACACCGAGGAUCAUAGCUUCUGAUGCGUGACUGUGUGACUCUCUUGCCCUCAAAUUCCAACACCUGAUUGAUUUUAAAUGCCUUUGGCCUUUUUGUUGUGUACAGCCGUAGGGAUAAUGCCAUUUCCUUUUGCCUGUGGUAAAGCAGUGUUCACGUAGGGCAGUCACUGGUCUCCUGCUGGUUUUUCUCCUGCAGCUCCACUUCUUGCAAUUGAGGACAGACUUGCAGGGACUGUGGGCUGCACACAGCAGAGCUUUUUGGCCAGAGGCGUGCCAGAAAGCUUCUCUGCUCUGCUGUUGUGAGAGACACCCGUUUCUAGCCGUGCAGUUUGGCGGUGUGCACGUGCGGCGCCUGGACAAUGGUCAGAGCUUGAGGUUCCCGAGGGGCUCGGGUGGGUGACUUGAGGCAGGAGGGGAGAGGUUCUGGGGUUUGUGCCCUUGCCACCCUCAGGCAGCCUGGCACCAAAGGGAGGAGGCUUUCCCCUUAUCAUAGCGGGAGAACUGGGUCGCAUCUUAACGCUUGCAAUGUUUUAUUUGCCCGCAACAUUUAAGUACAUCUUCAGGUAACCAUUUGCCUUACAGCUGCCUUCCAUUGUCAGGAAAACGGACUCCGAGACGUUGUUACCUGUCCUCUAUAUUAUGUAGUGUUACCUUGUAAGGUGGAUGCUUGGCUGGUAUAAAGUGUCCCAGCUCUGUCUGGAGCUGUGACAAUUUACACCAGCUGAGAAUUUGCUCCCUGUGUCCUACGGCACUUUAUUAUGGGCCCAUCGCUGAUGGGUUAAAUCUUAAUUACUUGAGUAAUGUCAUAUCAAAAUAUAUAUAUAUAUAUAUAUAUUUACAGGCAUUCUCUGGGGUACUGCUGCCUAUGGAUAAAGAUUUGUACCCUAACCAGAUCAUUGCUGUGUUUUUUCUUUUCAUUAGCUGUAUGUGCAAAAGAUAUAUUGUUACAAAGAAUGCAUCACAUGUAUCUCAUGUGGAACGUUUUCUGUUGCUGUACGUCGUUAAUUUUAGAAAUCAUCAUUCUUGAGGCCCUACCUCAAAUUUUGUAUUUAUGUGUACAAAUGCAAUUUAUUGUAUUAUAUAUUUGCCUAAUAUAUUUGGAUGUGAUAAAUUAAAAUUAUUCAAUGAU